AUGUGGGUUCUGGAUUCACCAGGCGACUUCCUAGACGGGAGGCGUGUGUGGUUGCGGCCCGGCAGGAAGUAUCUCUUCGGUCGCCCUCCAGCGAUUGGCGUUCACCGAUCAAUAUCCGAGAAAGCGAAGUCCGUCAAUUCCGUAUCGCGACAGCAUAUCACGAUCGAAGUGUCACCAGUGACCCCGCGCGAUGGAACCCGAACGCACACCCGCACGAACUUGACGGUGACAGACUUGAAAUCAAAGCUGGGAACAACAAUAGAUGGCGAGCUGGUGAAAGGCGAGGCGCGAGUGCUCAGCGGGACUGAGCACACCCUCAAACUGGGUAAAUCUGCGUAUCCACUACGUAUCAAAUGGGAGCCUGUUGUUCUGAGCUUUUCGUUCUCUUCAAAGGAAAUGAGAGCAGAGGACCCUCUCGCAAAAGUCCGCUCCAAGCUGGAGGAUCUCGAUAUCAAGACGAUCAUUCCAUACUUAGUCGACCAAACCACCCAUGUCGUACAAAAUAAACGGAAUACAGCGAAGGGACUUCAGGCAUUGAUCAACGGAAAACUAAUCGUCAGUAAUGCAUUUAUUGAUGCUCUGGUUUACGCAACGACCCCUACGGAUUUCGAGAAUGCCGAGGCGAUGUCACCACUUGAGAUUGAUUUCGAUACAGCAUGGCCCAAAGCGAUCGAAUACUUGCCCCCAGCCGGGAACGAGCCGGUGACUCGUCCGGCCGAAGCAUUUGCGCCGAAUCCAUCACGGAUCACCGUCUUUGAGGGAUAUACAUUCGUAUUCGGUGAUAAAUCCCAAUUCGAUAAUCUCCAAGCAGCUAUCAAUAAUGGCCACGGGAAAGCGGUUUACUUCGAAAUUAAGGACGGCGCGACUACUGCCGCGGAAAUCGUGGAGUUCAUGAACGAAGUAUCAGGUUCAAAAGGGAUCGGAAGUGAGCGAGAGGGCCCUGGCGGAGUCGUGCUCGUACGGUUCCGAUCGAAAGGUCAACACGAGUCCUGGUCGAUCGAACUAGGGAACGAGGUUGCUUUGAUGACAGAUCAGCGAGUGAUAGAGCAAAGAGAAUUCCUGGAUGCUAUCCUGGGGAACGAUGCCUCUCCUCUCUGCCGCCCACUUCCCCGGGAGGCAUCACCGGAGGAAAACACGCAGCCUCCAAACGGCCCCCAACGCUACCCAGAGCCGGAACCCGAGCCGGAACCUGAGCCAGUACCUGAGCCCCUAAAUGAACGGCCUCAACGGCCUCAUCGCACUAGCAACUCCCCAGCGUCUCAAGCACCAGCGUCAGAGCCUAUGUCACAGUCACAGCCUCCACCAUCCCAACCGAAAGCCCCUCGCAAAUUCGUCUCAAAGAUGCAAAAUUUCGAUGAUGGAUUUGAUAUGGAGUCCGUACCCCUACAUGUUUCUGACGACGAUGACCCAGCACCAGUAGAAUCUCCGGAUGAGCCUACGCAGCGAACUUCCCAUGCCCGGUCUCAAAAAGUGGAGGCAAAGAUUGAAACGGAGGAAGAUAUGGUCAUGGAUCUCCUGCCAGGCGCGCGUGCCAUGAAACGUCAUCGGGAAGAAACGAGAACUAAACGCACUGCUCCUGCUCAUGCGGAGCCCGAGCCAGCCCCCAAGCGAAAGCGUCCUAAAUUAGACGUAUUGGAAGCAGCUCGCAAGCACCGAGAAGAAGAAGAGCAGCAGCGGGACGCCGAAGAACCCGAUAACAGAUCUCAAGAUGUCAAUAUUGAAGGCCUGAGGAAUCUUGCCAUUAUCGAAGAGAUGGAUCUACCGCUCCGUGAGAUGCCAGUGCGCGAAGAAGCAACAUCUGAUCGAUGGGAUGAACGAUGGAAUGGUCGCAAGAAUUUCAAGCGUUUCCGUCGCAAGGGAGAGCCUCGCACUCGUCACCGAGUCCAAAGCGUGAUCGUUCCUCUCGAAGAGGUUACCCGGAAGGGAUAUGGAAUUGGCGAACAUUACUGGUCUAGCAAUCGCAAGUCACCGGAGCAGGAACAACCGCCUGCACGAACACAGCCGCCAGAAGCCGAUGAAGAUCCAGCUCCAUCCCGAGCACUAUCACGUUCGGUGGCUUCGGCUGCUCCAUCUGCGAGCCCAGAGCCAACCCCGGCGCCCUCAAUUCCAUCACGAACACAAAGCCAGAAGCGCCCUCGCAGUAGACGAGAUUCUGAUAGCGAUGAAGAGCUGCGAUUCAGAUUCAGACGAAAGCGUUGA